CGCCUCCGCCUCUCCCCGGGGAGCGGCCAUCCCGCCCACCGGCGGGCGGGAUACUUAAAACUGCGCGGGAGCUGCUGGGAACCCCCUGGGCUCCCGCUCCGAAAAGCCAUGUCCACCCCCGCCAAGCGGCACUGCCAGAGCCCGGCCGGCUCCCUCGACUCCAGCUUCCAGAAGCGCCUCAGGAAAGUUUCCAUCGAGGGGAACAUCGCUGCAGGGAAGUCAACGUUUGUGAGCCUGCUGGAGAAGCACAGCGAUGAGUGGGAGAUCAUUCCCGAGCCCAUCGCCAAGUGGUGCAAUGUCCAGACAACCGAGGAUGAGUAUCAGGAACUUUCAACAUCUCAGAAGAGUGGAGGAAAUCUGCUUCAAAUGCUGUACGACAAACCCACAAGAUGGGCUUACACCUUUCAGACUUAUGCUUGCUUGAGCCGAGUAAGAGCACAGUUAAAACCAGUCUCAGCAAAGCUACAGGAAGCAGAACAUCCAGUGCAAUUUUUUGAGAGAUCUGUGUACAGUGACAGAUAUGUAUUUGCUUCUAACCUGUUUGAGUCUGGGAACAUUAAUGAAACAGAGUGGUCUAUUUAUCAGGACUGGCACACAUGGCUCUUGAAUCAGUUUCAAUCAGAUAUAGAACUGGAUGGCAUGAUCUACCUCAGAACCACACCCCAGAAAUGCAUGGAAAGGCUACAGAUGAGGGGAAGAGAAGAGGAACAAGGAAUUGAGCUUGAGUAUUUGGAAAACCUCCACUAUAAACACGAAACCUGGCUCCAUGAAAGGACUAUGAGAGUUGAUUUUGAGAACCUCAAAGAGAUUCCUAUUCUAGUUUUGGAUGUUAAUGAAGAUUUUAAAAAUGAUGAGAUUAAACAGGAGUACCUGAUCGAUAAGGUCAAGUCUUUCCUGACUUCUUAAGAAGAUGAAAAUUAAUUCAAACAACAAGUCCCUGAAGUUCCAGAUUUAGACUUAUCAAUCAGUGUGUUCAAGAAUUUACUUUAACCAAAUGCAUUACCUGUAUAGCUUAUUUUAAAGCAAGACCAAAACGUAAAAUAUCAUUUGGGGUUUUUUCCCUUGUCUGACUUGUGUGAGUUUGAUAGUUUUCUGUAUAGCUAAAACAAACAAAUAUGGGGCACUUCGAUAAUGUUUUUCCUGUGUAUUCUCCACUGUUUAAUAAAGAUUAAAAGUC